GCAGCAAGGAAAACCAGCUCAUCCAACAAAUUUGCCGUUAGCUCCUCGCUCGAUCGAUAGCGCCCAUGGACCAGCAACAGUACCCGACCAUGUACCCAAGCGCACCGCCGACCCCGGGCAACAUGGAGGCGGGCCUCGUCGCCACGGGCCUGCCUGUGCGGCGGCAGCAGCUCGGCGGGGCCGCGCCGGACAGGGACGGCGGCUGGGCGGGCAACGACCACAGCACGCUGAUCGUGGUGGCCACGCUGAUCACGGCGCUCAGCUUCCUGCUCGGCCUCAGCAUGCCCGGCGGCUACUGGCAGAACGACCAGACGUUCGUGAGCAACGGCGGGGUGGUGUACCACCGCGCCGCCGGAGACCCCAUCAUGCGCGACCUGCACCGGCCGAGGUACUGGGUGUUCAGGGGGGCCAGCUGGGUCGGGGUGACGAGCUCGAUGGUGAUGACGCUCAGCCUGCUCGUGCGGAUGGCCGUGGACUCGCGCCACGUGCUGUGGUCCUUCUCGGUGGCCUACUCCAGCCUCAUCCUCACCUUCAUCGUGUCGCAGUCCAGGACGCACCUGUCGCUGGACAUCAUCAUCUGGCUGGCCCUCCUCGCCUUCAUCUGGCUCGUCAUCAGCCUCCACCCGGACCACCGGGCGCGCGUCGUCCGGGUGCUCUUCUGCUUCAACCGCGACAACUGAAAUUAAACAAAUAAAGCUGCUCUUUGCCUGCUUAUUAGUAUUUCCUAUCCCCUUUGGAGUUAGCAGAGUGGAUUGAAAGUGCUACUUAGUAUUAACGUGAACAUAUGGUUGAUAAAUAUCUACGCCGUUCCAGGUGUGAUGAGUGAUUAUUCAUAAAAGGAUUAAUUUUGGUCCAGUUUCUGGACCUACCAUUGUGUGAGUGUAUGGUACAACAUAUCUCUUAUUUUAUGGUGUGAGAUGUAGAGUAUAUAGACGAUAGUCGAUAACAAAUGUGAAAGUCAAAUAA